AUGUCAAAUAAAAUUUUGAAGCUAACUACUAGGGAAAUUGCUAAACCCCUCCGUCACUUAGUCAACUCAUGUCUCGAAAAAGGAAUCUUCCCAAUUAGAAUGAAGAUUGCCGGAGUAAUACCACUAUUCAAAAAAGGUGAUCACAUGUGCCGAGAUAAUUACAGACCAGUUAGCCUCCUUCCCAUUUUGUCAAAGAUCCUAGAAAGAACAAUGUUUGUUAGGUUAAGGGCAUUUUUUGAUAAAAACUGUAUCAUAAAUGAUGACACAACAAGCAUAACUGUGAGACCGGGCUUACAAGAGACCAUAAGUAAAAGUAAUCAAACAGUUGAAAUGAUCACCCACUGGCUUGAAGUGGAUAGGUCAGUUCUCAAUUAUGAGAAAACUAGUGCAAUCCUAUUUAGGAACAACAAAAGAAAAACAAUUGAACUGACAAAUUUGCGAGAGCUACAUGUAAGAACAGUUGAAAGUGCUAAACUUUUAGGGAUCACUGUGGACAGUUGUUUAGGGUGGAUAGAUCAUAUUUCCAAUAUAAGCAAUAAACUUAGCAGUGCCACUUUUGCUCUAAGACAAAUUAAGCCACUAAUAACUGAAGAUGAUGUGUGCAUGGUGUAUUUUUCGAACAUCAAUGCCGUUAUGAGCUAUGGUAUAGAAAUCUGGGGCCACUCGACUGAGGCAAGUAAAAUAUUCAAAUUACAAAAGAGAGCGAUUAGAAUAAUAGGAAACAAAAGAACAAGAGAUAGUUGCAAGCCUCUUUUCGAAAAAUAUAACAUUCUAACCUUCUACAGCUUGUACGUAUAUAAAAUUCUGCUCCUUGCUCGGGAUCAUAAAGAUAAAUUCAACAAAAAUGAAGAUAAAUUGACAAAGUCAAGUUACAUAUAUACAAGUUAUGCAGCAUAUAUACAUGAAGAUCAAUAUGUCACUAUUGGUUUUCCAUAA